CAGACUUGAGAGCAUUAUGAGCCCAAACUUCCCCCGUAGUUACCCAGCCGGGGUAGCCUGUCGAUGGAUUGUGCAGUGUCCUAACGGCUAUCAAUGCAGGGCUAGGUGUGGCUUAGGUAUGCCGCAGACUCCAACCUGCUCCUUGGAUCGCCUCUACAUCUCCAGAAUAGGAGACAGUGAGCUGAAUUCAGCAGAAUAUCAUUGUGGACGCGGAUUGGUCAACGCUGUGUCUAUUGAUUCACGACUUACUGUUGGGCUAGUAACAUCGACAAACAGUACUGGAGGUAGAUUCAAGUGUCUUAUUUCAACCCAACCGAUUACCACUCCAACAUGCAAUUGUGGCUACAAGAAAACGAACCGGAUCGUUGGUGGGGUAGAGACGAGACCCCACGAGUAUCCCAUGAUGGCUGGUAUAAGAUUUUCGGAUUUCGGUGAGGCCAUCAAAUGCGGGGCAGUUAUUAUUGACAGGAAGUAUGUACUGACAGCUGCUCAUUGUGUCGAAAACAAGAAAUUGGAUGAACUAACCGUGGUUGUUGGCGAACAUAACGUGACCACCGACGUCGAUACUCCCGAUGGAAAGGUAUUACGAGUGAGAAAAGUCAUAAUUCAUCCAAAUUAUAACCCUAACACACAGGAUAAUGAUAUUGCGAUUAUUCGAACAGCUGGCUCCAUCGAUUACAACGAAAAUGUUGGCCCAGUCUGUCUUCCUUUUAAAUACGUCAAUCAUGCUUUCAAUGGAUCUACAGUCACAAUUUUAGGCUGGGGAACUACGACCUUUGGAGGGCCAAAACCAAAGGUGCUGAUUAAGGCUAACGUCGAGGUUAUUAGUCAGGAACGUUGUCAACGUAAUAUUUCUACUCUAACACCCCGGCAAAUAUGUACAUACACGCCAGGAAAAGAUUCCUGUCAGGACGAUUCCGGUGGACCCUUACUAUAUACUGACUCGUACAAUGGUCGUCUGUACAACGUAGGAGUGGUCAGCUUUGGUCAAUUCUGCGCGUCAACUGAACCAGCCAUCAAUACGAGAGUCACUUCUUUCUUGAACUGGAUUAGGAAGGAGGCACCAGCUAAUUACUGUGUUGUGGCACAUCGAUAUAGUUCUCAUUCUGCUUGCUCCAGCGACGACAUGUUCCUAAUGGCUGAAUAG